UCCUGCUCCACUCCAGGACUAUGCCAACCUAUGGCCUUGCUCCCAUCAACCAGCUGCCUCCUGACCCUCCUGCUGCUGACAGGCACAGGGGGUACUGUGCCCAGCCCCCAGGCACCUCCUCAGGGCUGCUAUGUGGCAGAGGAAGCUGGUGAGCGGACGUUCCGCUGCAGCCAGGCAGGCUUGAGUUCCAUGCCCUCUGGCAUCCCCAACGACACCCGCAAGCUCUACCUGGAUGCCAACAAGCUGGCAUUGGUGCCAGCUGGCGCCUUCCAGCACCUGCCUGUCCUGGAGGAGCUAGAUCUGUCCCACAACGUCCUUGAAUACCUCUCAGGGGCUGCUUUCCAGGGCCUGGAGGGUACCCUGCACCUCCUUGAUCUCUCUGCCAAUCAGCUGGCCUCAGUGCCUGUGGAGGCCUUCGUGGGGCUACAGAUUCAAGUGAACCUCUCUGCCAACCCAUGGCACUGCGACUGUGCCCUCCAGGAAGUGCUCAGGCAAGUGAGGCUGGCACCAGGCACUGGGACAGGCAUUGUGUGUGGCCCUGGAGCCCGACCAGACCUGGUCGGACAGGAGUUCCUGCUACUGGCAGGGGAGGAAGAACUGUGUGGGAUCGGACGUGGUGGGGCCCAGCGGAGCACCGAUAUGGCCCUGCUGGUAACCAUGGGGGGCUGGCUGAUGCUAGUGGUGGCUUAUCUGGUCCACUAUAUGUGGCAGAACCGGGAUGAGACCCGACACCCGCCCAAGAGGGCCCCGGUGGUAGCCGUGCGCUCAGAGGAAUCCUCUACCUUCAGCACAGUGGUGUAAUGAUGAGAGAACCCUACCCUGUAGCCCCAUUUCCUCCUCUGCAACGCCACCCAGCCCCUCAUCCCACCCCACCCUGUAGACUCCAUAUCUCCUAAAUAUCUGGUCUCUCUCUCUCUCUGUUUCUCCCAACACUAUCUCAGAUGCCUGAUUUUGAAGAGAGUCUACCCUUUGGCUGGAUUUGUUAGACUCAGAAUCCUUGGUAGUGGGAAAGGAAAGGACAGAGAUAGCAGGUGGCCUGCAUACUAACAGCGAUGGGAGCGGCAAUGGCAGCAGCAAUGGGGGCACUGAAGAGGUGGCCAGGCCCUGGCGGUGGUUGAGCUUGAAGCUUUCUUUGCAGAGAUGUUUGAACUAAUGAGAGGGAGGGAUCUUAGAUGAAAGGCUGUGUACAAAACCACUUCCCUCCCGACUUCUUAUCCCUCCAUGCUCUUCUCACACAUGCUCCUGCUAAGAUGCCACCUGCUAUGACGGGAUGUACCACGCCUGAAGCUGUUUGGACCUCCCACUUCUAAAACUGUGAACUAAAUAAACCUUUUAUUC